AUCUCUCAAUUAGUUUAAUUCGCUUUCAAGUUUUAUCUUUCUUCUCCGGCUCAUCUCGCCACAGUCUCAACCAACUCUUUACUCCUCUUCCCUCUACAUUCACCUUCUCGCUUUUUCUCUACAAUUUCCCUGAAAUUCACGCCAUCUUCUGUACUUUUCACCCUUGAUCUUGCGUUUUCCUUGGAUUUUGGACUGUUUUUCCCCUUGUAAAUGCUCGUUGUAAUUGAGCUGAUUUCGAGGAAGAUUGCAAGCUGAAUUUCUAUGGAAAACGGCGUCUGUGACAACGGUGUGUGCUCCUCAGAGUCGGUUAACGGCGGCCAAGAUGUCUGGAGCGCUAAGGAGAGUGAUUCGCUAUCCGCCGACCAUCUUGUUGUUAUGGUCAAUGGCAUAAUGGGGAGUUCCACAGAUUGGCGGUAUGCUGCAGAGCAAUUUGUUAAAAGGCUUCCUGACAAGGUUUUCGUUCAUUGUAGUGAGCGAAAUGUGUCUAAAUUGACGCUAGAUGGCGUCGAUGUGAUGGGUGAUCGAUUGGCUGAAGAGGUUCUUGAAGUGAUUCAGCGAAAGCCCAAUUUACGGAAGAUCUCCUUUGUAGCACAUUCUGUGGGAGGAUUAGUGGCAAGGUAUGCCAUUGGAAAACUAUAUAGAUCACCUGAGACUGAGGAAUUAGAGGCGCCAUCUACAAAUGGACAACCGCAAGAGUCAUCUGGUACAAUAGGUGGUCUGGAGCCUGUGAACUUUGUCACUGUCGCCACACCACACCUUGGUUCAAGGGGUAAUAAGCAGGUACCAUUUCUUUUUGGCCUAACUGCUAUCGAGAAAAUUGCGAGUUUGAUUAUCCAUUGGAUACUCAGAAGAACAGGUGAACACCUUUUUAUGACUGAUGAUGAUGGAGGAAAGCCUCCACUGGUUCAACGCAUGAUAGAAGAUCAAGGCGAAUACCACUUCAUGUCUGCGUUGAAGUCUUUCAAACGCAGGGUUGUCUACUCUAAUGUUGACUAUGACCAUUUUGUUGGUUGGAGAACAUCAUCAAUUAGACGUAUAAAUGAGCUGCCAAAGUGGGAAGAUGCGGUCAAUGAAAAGUAUCCUCAUAUUGUUUAUGAAGAACGCUGCAAGGGUACUGAUUCUGAGAAGAGUGAACCAACCUCAACAGAAGUUAGCUAUCCUGAAAGGCUGGAAGAGGAGUUGGUGAUGGGUCUAUCUCGUCUGUCAUGGGAAAAAGUAGAUGUUAGCUUUCAUAAAUCAAGACAGAGGCUUGCAGCUCAUAGCAUCAUUCAGGUGAAAGAUCACACCGCGCACAUAGAAGGUGCUGAUGUCAUAGAUCACAUAAUCGAUCAUUUUCAAACUUGAUGACCGCUAACGACCACGAAACUAAAUUACAUAUUACAAAUAUCGCUUAUUCUGGGUUGGAGAUGCUUUUGCACUUGAGAAGACUCAUUUUCCCAUAACCUAUGAUUACAAUUUAAUGAUGUCGCUUCAUCCAUUAUGUUAUAAAUUGUACAUGCAUGGAUAUAGUAAAGUUAUUUAGAUAAUCACAAUAAUUGUUGUAAUAACUGUAGUAAUAUGAUCGGUAAUGCAAGAGGAUGCUUGGACAGAUAAAGUGGACGAUGGAUGUUUUGGAUUAGAACCCGCUAAGUACGUGGUUACUUUGGAAGUAUAAACUAAUAUUUCUGACAAAAGUUUAUACUUACGUUAAACUUUGUUUAUGCCAACA